AAACAACAUCAGGGUACCGUUGCAAGGACUGUCCCCGACUCUACAUACAACGGAUACGUCCCAGUCUGACAACAACAACAGACUGAGGCCCAAGAAAAGUGAGCACUGAGCAGCAACACUCAACUCCUGCUAACACAAUUCACUCAGAAACUGGAUAUACAAGCUGUAAGUACGCGUCGAGGAGCAGGACAGGAAGAAGAAACUGAGGAGCUGAGAGGAAGCCGAGACCAUGAGCAAACAACAAGUGGUAGCAGGAGGGUCUGGUGUGGCAGGGAAAAUGGCAGAUUUCAAAGCUCGACUUGCCAAACUCCACACUAAAAGGAAUGAGGCCUCAAUGCUCAACCACAAGGAGGUAGUGGAGGAAGACCGUCUCAAGAAGAUGCCAAAAAAUUAUGCAAAGAAACGGCAGAGACUGGAAGCAGAGCUUGCCGAGGAUCAGCGCAGGGAAGCAGCAGAAUCUGAGGGUAAAGAUUAUGACCGCAUGAAGCUCCUGAAUGUUGGGGCAGAUGAGGCAGAGCGCUGGGAGCGGCGAAAGAAGAAGAAGAACCCUGACCAGGGCUUUUCCACCUAUGAGGAUGCUACCAUCAGGCAAUAUAAGCGCCUGAUAAACAACAAGAAGAUAGACAUGGAAGAGUAUGAAAGGGAGAAGCAGAGGGUAGGGGAGGAUGCAUUCUAUGGGCAUGACAACACCAUUGCUAUUGGUCUGCACAAGGACUCAAAAGAGGCCAUUGAUAACAUGGUUGAUGACCUUGAGAAACAGAUAUCCAAGAGGGAGAAAUAUUCUCGUCGCCGCAUAUUUGACGAUGACGCAGACAUCAAUUUUAUCAACGAGCGCAACAUGAAGUUCAACAAGAAGUUGGAGCGUUUCUAUGGCGACUACACAGAGGAAAUCAAGCAAAACCUGGAACGUGGAACUGCUGUCUGAGCUUAGUUUUAGUUGAUGGGAUUGCAGGAGAAAAUCAUGUGCUCAGGUCAUUUUCUGCAGCAGGUAACAGUUCUGUCAGUGUGGAAUGGUUACUGUUGUCUGUAUUCAUGGCACUAUUGGACAUUACAGAUUGUAAGUCUUUAAAUAGAUUUUAUGAUCUCUG